GCAUGGAGGACAUGACGCGUGAGGAGCAGAGAGUGGGGGAGGGGAAGACAGAGUGAGCGGCUGGUGAGCAGAGAGGAGAGGAGCGGAGCGGGGCGAGUGAGCGAGCGAGCGAGCGAGAGAACGAGCAUCUCUUGCAGGCAUUCAUUUGGAGGAGGGGGGCUGGUGAUUGGCUGGGGGAGUGAGCGGCGUCACGCACGCACGCAGGGGGGAAGCUCACAAGCAAGCGCGGCGUAGUGCAGUGGAGCUGGGAGGAAACCCUUUUACAUUGGGUACUGAACCCCCCCCACCCUUCACACACACACACACACACACACCCCUCACAGAGCUGCAGCCUGAAGGGAGGUGAUCCUCUCUGCUCACGUCAAUUUUUUACUCCAAGCGCCACCCUUGUGCCGCUACUGCUGCUGCUCCUAUCUCUUCAGCUCUGGACGCAACCUGCUAGCCUCCAUCUCCUCUCCACCUCCUCCUCCUCCUCCUGCAUCCCUUCGGCUCGUCACGCCGCAGCAGCAGCGAUGAACUACCUGCGUCGCCGUCUCUCCGACAGCACCUUCAUCUCCAACCUGCCAAAUGGCUACUUGUCGGACCUCCAGAAGCAAGACCCCCAGCAGCCUCCUCCCCCGCAGCCAGCGGCACCUGCAUCUGGGGGGCAGGCCGGCGGCACGCCAUCGCCCAGCACUUCUCCUGCCGUGGAGCACAAGCCCCAGAUCCAGCCCCAGAUUCAGCCCCAGCCCCAGACCCAGACCCAGCCCAAGCCCCAGCCUCAGCCCAAGCCUCAGCCGGCUUCCACCGGGUCCGGGUUCUUCAGCUCCAUCACCAAUGUGGUGAAGCAGACGGCAGCCUCAGCAGGACUGGUGGAGCAGACCACCGUCACGGCGCCCAAGAAGUUCAAGAUACUGCUGGUCAUUGAUGAGCCCACACAGGAGUGGGCAAAAGUGUUCAGAGGGAAAAAGUUACAAGGGGAUUAUGACAUCAAAGUGGAGCAGGCCCAGUUUGGUGAAAUUGAUGUGGUAUCACAUGCCAAUGGAAGCUGCACUGUGGCAAUGCAGGUCUUUAAAAAUGACACCCAAGUGAUCAGGUCGUUUAAGCCAGACUUUGUGCUCAUUCGCCAGCACGCCUUCAGCAUGACUGAAAACGACGACUUCCGCAACCUCGUCAUCGCUCUGCAGUACGCUGGCAUUCCCAGCUUAAACUCCCUGGACUCCAUCUACAACCUGUGUGACAAACCCUGGGCUUUUGCUCAGUUGAUCGGUGCAUUCAGAACCCUUGGCCCAGAGAAGUUUCCUCUCAUUGAGCAGACCUACUAUCCAAACUACAAGGAAAUGGUUGCCAUGCCAACAUUUCCUGUUGUUGUGAAAAUUGGACACGCUCAUUCAGGGAUGGGCAAGGUGAAAGUGGACAAUCACAGUAAGUUUCAGGACAUUGCCAGUGUUGUGGCUCUCACUAAGACAUACUCCACCUCAGAGCCGUUCAUCGAAUCGAAGUAUGACAUCAGGAUUCAGAAGAUUGGGACUGAUUACAAAGCUUACAUGAGGACGUCUAUCUCUGGUAACUGGAAAUCAAACACAGGAGCUGCGAUGCUCGACCAAAUUGCCAUGACAGAGAGGUAUAAACUCUGGGUUGACACCUGUUGUCAGGUGUUUGGCGGCCUGGAAAUUUGUGCUGUCAAAGCCAUCCAUGGCAAAGAUGGAAAGGAUUACAUCACUGAGGUGGCAGGCUCCUCAAUGCCUCUCAUCGGCGAUCACCAGGCCGAGGACAGGCAGCUGAUCUGUGAUAUGGUUGUGGCUAAAAUGAACGCAGAAGUGGGAUCGACGUCUAAACUCCAACGGCCGACAACCAUUCAGCCAUCACAGGCGCCCACAGAGAAGGAGGUUGCGAGCGACCUGAAGAAGACUCCGACCCAGAGGCCCCCACCUCAAGGUUGUUUGCAGUACAUUCUGGACUGUAAUGGCGUCGCGGUGGGGCCAAAGCCCGUCCAGGCUAACUGACACCACAGACCAAUAGAGCAGAAAAGAAAUAGAAUAUAACUGCAUAGAAUUGCAGCCAAGAAUCAGUCUUGUUGAAAACACAUUGUGUUGCCAGAGACCAGAACAGGGGGGGCAAGCUGAAUGAGAGUUUAAGCGUUUAAGUUGUCAGUGCACGUCUGCACAGUGUGUGACGUUGGCCUGGGCGGUGUUUGUCUUUCCUAUGCAGUGUCAAAAUGUACUGUUCCCCCUUGUUACGCUGAUGAUUUGUGUGCUUUUGAUGGUUGCUUUGGUUUCUCUGUAAAAGUGAGUGUUUUGGUUUUGUUAGUUUUUUUCUUCAGGGCUGUUGUAAGAACAAAUUGUGCCUAAACUGUGUUCAGUGUCACUUGUACCCAUUCAUAUUUUAUCGUUUAACAUCUUAUUCUUUAUUUAUUUUUUUACUUUUCCAUUUGGUUGCUCACUUAUUGAUGAUGUUCAAACUGUGGUUGGAUGUGCAGUUUGACGUGUGUGUGUAAUGUGCGUCUGUAAAUACAUAUAUGUAUGCUUGUGUGUAUGGCCGUCGUGGAGAUUACAUUCAUAUAUAUUUACAUGUCCCAGCCUAUAUACAUGUUUUUAUUUGCAUGAGUGGUUUUAACAAGAGAUAACUGUGAUGAAUUGUGAGUUCAGGAUAAUGUAUGUAUUUCGUAACAGCACUGUUAACAAAUAUCCUUCUCUAUUUUGUGGACUGUGCGCUUGGUGAAUGUCAUAAGAUGUUGUCCCUAUUUUUAAGUAUAUGUGAAGUGUAUAUGCUGGUAAGAAAAGCUAUGAACAACAUCACAUUACCUAUACAAACUAUAUGUAUUUAAGAGUUCAAAAACAGUUAGGCAACCAAUCUGCCAGUUCUAAUCAAUAGUGCAUCCAAAUCUGAACCCUUCUAGAGAUAUAAAACAGUUGAGCCAUCAAGUCUAUUAUCCACAGUAAUACCCUCAUCAUUAGUCUCUAUGCACAGCAAAGCUUCGGAUGUAUACCAGAAUUCGAAAAACUAUGACCCAAGGCCUUGUAUUAUAUACGUAUAACGAUAUUGUUUGAAACCAAAGGAUGAGACCCUCACAGUUUCACUUUAAACGAUUCAGCACUUUGUGUCUCGUUUUGCCCUGUUCCUCUUUAAUCGUUAUCUCACGAGCAUAACUGCCAGUUCUGUUGGAUGCAUCGUUGAGCAUCUUAUUCUCUUCUUAGCCUUCCUUUAUAGAUGAAAGCCAUAUUUAACACACUGUCUCCGUUCAGUGAAAGGUGUGCAUUACGGCAAGUCGACCCAUCAUUUUUUUUUUUAGUGUCUUGUCUAUCAGACAAAGUUGAGUAUUCAGUGUAUCAGCCAAAUCAGGUUUAUGGUUUAAGCCAUAUUAGGUCACAUGUAGAUGUGUCGGCAUCAUUUGUUUGAUACAGACUCUUUUCAGUUCAUGUAUGGCAGUCAUGGAUCAUUUCAAUCAUAUCGUGAGUAUAUGGUUGUGCCGUUUGCAGAUUAUUUUCUCUAUUUGCCUUAUUUGAAUUAGUUUAUGGGACAUGCAAUACAAUGUUUAUUUUCUUUCACAUAUUGCACUGCCAAAAUAAGAGAUGGUAAUAUAUAUAUAUAUAUAUAUAUAUAUAUAUGUUCAAGUUGACCCACUGUGCAUACUCUGAAAUGGAACUGGUGUAUUGUCUGUUAGUGUAGUUUAUCAGAUGAAUAUAUAGAACACUCCUGUCAUUCUGGAUGAGGAUACAGGUACAUACAACGAAUAAUACAAACUGCCUGUUUCAUGGACUUAAGUUCUCCAUGCCAAGUUUGAAAGAUACAUUAGUCCAUACUUCUCUCUAUGAUCUAUGAUGUCCACCAUUGGCUAUCUUACUUAAUGCCUAGCUGAGGCAGUUGGUGGUUGCUAAUCAUCGAUUACUGACUAAAACUGUACAUUUUUAUUAACAUUUUUUUUGUUCCUCAUUAUGAAUUUAUUAUACUUGUGCAAAGUUUAAAGUGUUUACUGAGCUUUGUGUCAUUUUAUGAGAUGUAUUGUAACAAAGUGUCAAGGUAAGCAAAAUAGAAAUAGUUCAGAUUUCAGAUUUGGCGAUUGGAUUCUACCCUCUAAUCUGAUCCUUCCAUUCUGUCCCACUCUACUGAGUGCUGAGUGCACCAACUUUACUGCCAAAGUGUCGGGUAGAUAACACAAAUGACACAUCAUAAUGAGUCAUCUUUUAGGCCAUAAUUGCAAUUACUCUCUACUCAGCUCCGUUAUUCAAUUAUGUCUGCAGUAUAAUUACACACAAUUCCUUGGCUACAGCCUUCCGGCACUGUGAUGUCCUAGUGCCAGUUCAAUAUUUGAUAUUAGGACGGCGUUCACUCAAAAUCGGAGAUAAUACUGUGGAUGAAUUCCUUUACGUGAUGAUAUCUUCCUUUCUCGCAGGCAAUAAAGGUUCAUUUGCAAUAUAUAUGCUCGCUGUGUUGCUACAUUUGUUCCUGAAGGAAUGGUUUAUAUCAGACAACCAGCAUUGAUUUGCUAACACUAAAGACUACCACUGUUCGGUCUGAUUGCACUGAUUAGCAUUGUAGACCCGGAUAUCUGGUUAAGCUCAAGUAAGUCCUCUCUUAGAAGACAGGAGACAGGCAUGUUCCCUUGCACAUGUCCCCGGUGUUCUUUUGUUGCUUGAAGAUUGAUGUUCUGCAGAAUCUUCUUCGUUGUUUCCUCAUGCCCUUUGCUACUUGUGCCUUCCUACUUAGCUGUGGAAAGUGUUGUGUUGUGGCUUUUGAUGUUUAUAAUGUUCCUCAGAGGACCCCACUAAGAUAAAUGUAAUAAAAUUCAUGUUACAAAA